CACAUGCUUCCAAUCAUUGAGAGCACACUGUCCGUCAUCCCGUCUCCAUUCUGUCCAGUCCAACAGCGGAGGAGACAUGUGGCUGCCUGUGCUGUUGCUGCUCGUCCUCAUUACCCCGAUUCCAGCGGCUGAUGAGUCGUGCAUGGAUCGCUGUGAAAAUGGCUUUGACUCGGAGAAGAAGUGCCAGUGCGACUCCAUGUGCAAGUACUACGAGAGCUGCUGCUCCGACUAUGACGUCACCUGCGGCAUGAUGACUCGAGGAGACACUUUCGUGGAGGACGACGACGACGAUUAUCACACACCCACGCAGCCGGCCUUGCCGACUCUCCGUGGCGGUCAGUGGGGCCCGACGCUGGUGCCAGACCUGCUUCAAAGACCACCUGCAGGAAGCCAGAUAGAAAUGACCAAGCCCCAGAGAGGACCCCCUCCUUCGGUGUCAGCUGUUACAGCAGCAAGGCCCAGCAUCUCAGGCCCCCGUACUGCAGCCCCAGACCCUGACGCUGACCACUGCAGUGGAAGACCUUUUGACUCCUUCAUGAGGGCCAAGAACGGCUCCGUCUAUGCUUUCAGAGGCCAGCACUUUUUUGAGCUGGGUCAGAGGUCAGUGCUUCCUGGUUAUCCCAAACGCAUCGAGGACGUGUGGGGGAUCAGCGGACCGAUCGAUGCAGCGUUUACACGCUUCAACUGCCAAGGGAAGACGUACAUCUUCAAGGGGAGCACGUACUGGCGCUUUGACGACGGCGUUCUGGAGGGUGGCUAUCCACGAAACAUAAGCGUCGGCUUCCAGAGGAUCCCUGACCACGUGGACGCAGCGUUCGCCCUUCCUGCCGCCGGCUAUGGCAGCAAAGAGAAGGUCUACUUCUUCAAAGGGGAUCAGUACUACAUCUACGAGUUCUUACACCAGCCGAGCCAUGAGCAGUGCGUCACCAUGUCUGAGAGUUCACCGUCUGUACCCUUCAGGAGCUACACCGGCGUCUACUACAACAACUAUGAACAUGUCUUCAGAGAUCUCUUCUCUGGUGUGUCGCAGCACGACAGCCAUCACAGCUUCAUCGGCAGAGACUGGAAGGGCAUCACAUAUCCGGUGCACGCAGCGCUGGCCGGCAGGAUUCACGUCCCCUCCGGCCGCUGGACGCCUGGGCGCGGCAGCCUCUACCUGCCUGACCAGCAGUGGGGCUUUCAACAGGGCCAGCAGUGGAACCAGCAGUGGGGUCGGCGGAGACAGAACCGCUCCCCACAGUGGGGCUCCAUGGCCGAGCAGGGCAUGAGCAUGGGGGAGGAGAUGGCCAAGAGAGGGAUGGAGAUGGGGAUGAGACUGGCCGAGAGGAGGAUGGAGAUGGAGGAGAGGCUUGGCCAGGACUGGGGGAGAGGCUGGGAUCAGGACUGGGACCAGGACCGGAGGAGAGGCCGGCAGAAUAACAACAGAGGGAAUUACGAUCGUCGAGGGGACAGGAGAUACUGGGAAUACAUGCGCAGGAGUCUCCCUACUCAGAGCGUCUACUUCUUCAAGGGAGAUCAGUACUACCGAGUGAACCUCAGCAGCAGGAGAGUGGACCUAGCGAUGCCGCCAUACCCACGAUCCAUCGCCAAACAUUGGUUCGGCUGUUCAUCGCUGCCCUCUGGAGCUGAGAGGAAGUAGUUUUAGAAGGUUAUUUGAAUGUGAACAUACUGGGGCUGCACUGAUGUUUCACCAGCUUUUGGCAACAUUGAGCCACAGUCAAAGUCCGUGCAGCUUAUCUCAGACAAAGUUCAGGAUUUUUUUUUUCCCAACUGAUGUUUGCUGAAGUGACCCACUUUCUCAGCGCGGCAGGAUGAUACCAACACCACUGGGUAUUAUAAACCCUGUUUAGUAAAAUAAAGGCGAGGAACAAAAGAUUUGACUGAUUGGACCUCUACAAAAGUUGAAAUUCUUAAGUAAAUAUACAGUAUAGAAAUGUUAAUGUUUUUUAAUAUACAUGAUUAAUACAUUGUGGUUCAGUCUGUAUCUACCCAUCAUCUUCAUGAAAUAGUUUGUCAUUGUAAAUAAAGUCGUGAAAUCUGAUGAGAAAGUUCUUUGUAGUGUCAAAAUGUUGAUACUUUUUUGUAUUCAGUGUUUCAUGUGGAGUUUAUUAAAUGUUCUCUCUCACA